GCAUGUUUCAUCCAACCCAUACUCCGUACAUUCUCAUUAUUACCUUCUGCCUGAGGUACAUUCUCUCUCUUCUCCUUGUGCUGACGACUUGUUUACUCCUGUCCAGCACUGCCUGAAUUUUCGUCCACCGCCUCCUAAAUCAUAAAGAUGGCUUAAUCUGCUCAAUCCGAUCCCUCCGCAACCCAGUUAGACACUCUAUACCGACUACUACUCGGCGCUGUACUUCGCUCUUUCCGUGAACCACGACCGUCGCUCCCUUCGAAGCAAGAACAAUGACUGUUCAUCACAUUACAUUACCAGACUCAGAGGAACAAUCACCGCGGGCCGCCCUAUUGAGUCCUUGGAGACCUCCUCGAAGAUCAUUGUCGACUGGCAGAAGUUCUCCCUUCGUACAAAGUCGAUCGGCAGCAUGGCGGGACGAGGCCAUCAGAAAUGCAGAAAGAAUACAAAGGCGGGCUACCAAGGUAUGGAGUAAAAUGACCGCUCUGCAGCGAGUGCUGGCUGUCACUGGUGUGGUUCUUCUCAACGUCCUGGCUAUCCUCUUCCUGAUCUUCAACGAGCGCAUCUUCGGCUUCCUCGAGCCCCUUGCUGAACGCUGGAAACAUACAACCGGAGGCUGGACGAUCUUAUGGGCGAUAACGUUCUUGACUGCCUUUCCUCCGGUCAUUGGCUACUCGACCUGUGGCACAACUGCCGGGUUCGUGUAUGGAGUAUGGGAAGGCUGGUUGAUCUUGGCUACUGCUACUGUGGCAGGAUCGUUCUGCUCGUUCCUCGUCUCGAGGACCGUCCUUCGGAAAUGGGUUGAACGUUGGGUCGCAAAUGACAAGCGAUUUGCUGCAUUUUCUCUCAUCCUCAAACACGAUGGGUUGAAGCUCCUUUGUAUGAUCCGUUUGUGUCCGCUACCAUAUUCCCUGUCGAAUGGAGCCAUGUCCACUUUUCCAACAGUCCACCCCGCCAUGUAUGCACUGGCUACAGCAUUGGUCUCUCCGAAACUGUUCAUUCACGUCUUUAUUGGAAGUCGCUUGGCGGUGAUUGCGAGAACAAGGGAGAAAAUGACCAUGGCCGAUCGACUGGUCAAUUACUCCAGCAUUGCCAUAGGGGCAACCGUCGGCAUAUUGACUGGAGUGUAUAUUUACCGACAAACAAUGGCUCGAGCCAAAGAGCUAGAGGCCGAGGAAGCCAGCACUGUCACGGAUUCUGUUCGAAGAACAGGCCACAUCCCCCCGCAAUAUAAUGACGAUCCAGAAGCACAGGUGGCUGCCAGUACCUUGGCACGAGAUGAUGAUGCCAUGGAAUACUUUGACGAUUCUGAUACCGAGCGAGCAGAAUAUCGCGACGAGCCUACCGAUGAUGAAGAUGUCUUCGGACGAGGCGACGGGGAUGACGAAGAGGUGAUAGAUACCAUUGGCCUACAACAACAGAAGAAGUGAGGAGUGCAUCUAACUCUUUCACUGUCUGUGAAGUAUAAGAUCCGCUACCUACAUAGCAUGCGUUGAAUAGGUGUAUAGAAGCCAAUUGACUUAUGCUUGGUCUGCUCGAGUGAAA